AUGGCGAUAGCGGGUGAAACUGGUUGCUCGCCCAGCGAAGACAUAAAAAGUGCUCGUAUAUGUUCAAAGCAUUUUAUUUCUGGUAAGUGUGCCCGACUUAAGGAUAACCAAAACCCUGACUGGGUUCCUAGCUUGAAUCUAGGAUACAAAACAGUUCCACUUGUUCCCGAAAAUAUUUUGAGGACCCAACCAAAAGGAAGUAAAAAUGUGGAUGUCAAAAGCGUAGAGACAAAAGAAAAUGUCUCGGCUAACAUUAUGGCUCCUGAGAACUAUGGUGCAUACCAAGAUACCGCAUCAGAGGAAUUGGUUCUUGAUAAUGUUUUCGAAGAAAAUGCUAGUGCCAAGAGGGGAGAAAACCAAUGUUUGGACUUUUCUCAUCAGGAAGACAUGGAUCAACUCAUGUUAGUAACAGAAAACGAGGAAAAUGGGAAUGACGAUUCAUAUGUAGAAGAGACUUCUUCUUAUACUGUUGGAACUCAAACUGAUCUGUGGAUGAUUGAGAUAGAUGACUCUCAAUUAAAGUUAAAAGAAGUUCAAUUCACUUUGGAUCUGAGGGAUGCCAAGAUUGCUGCUUUACAAAAACAACUAGAGAACACUAAAAUGGGAAUCGAAAGUUUUAGAAACGAUGAUGUUAAAACAAAUUACUUUACAGGCUUGCCCCUUUUCCUUACCCUUUUUACUUUAUAUAAUGCUAUAGAAUCUAAUAUUCCUUUUUGUUUAUUAAAAAAUUUAAAUAAAUUUCAGGUACUUAUCCUUACUCUUGUAAAGCUUCGUCUGAAUCUGCCUUUUAAGUUGCUUGGGUACAUUUUUGGAAUUUCUACGCAAACUGCGUCAAAGAAAUUCCAUGAAUGUAUCCUGGUACUAAACAUGGAGAUGAAUGCUUUUAUAAGAUGGCCAGAUAGGAACGCCAGGACUUAUUUUACACCAAAUAGUUUUAAACAACUAUUCGGUGAUAGGCUUGCGGUGAUCAUCGAUUGUUUUGAAAUCCGUAUUGAAAUGUCAUAUUAA